AGAACUAUCGAAACUUUCAGAAGUGGGCUGGAACAAAAAAAUGUUUUAUGCCAGUAUGGACUUGGGAUGAAAUAUCUGCAUCCAAAAAAUUGUUUGGAAUCUGGGGAGGUAUUCCACGAGUUGUUUUGCAAAAAGCAAGCACAGAAGCAAUCAGAAUUUGUGAUCUUGAUAUGAUAGUAAAAAUACUUGGAGAUGUGGUUGAUCCUAAGCUCAAAAAGGAUGAAGGAAACAAAUGGAUGGGUAGAAUGGAAGGUGCAAUCAGAAUUUGUGAUCUUGAUAUGAUAGUAAAAAUAAUUAGAGAUGUGGUUGAUCCUAGGCUUGAAGUUAACAAUAAGACUGUGCAUAUAUACACUAAUGUUCCUGAUGAAGAACAAGAUAAUGUAGAUAAUAAUACUAUGGAUGUGUGUAAAGAACUUGAUGAUUCAUUAUUUCCAUCAUAUUCCCAGCAAUUGGUACUCUUUGCAUCAACAUAUAUAAGUGAAAAGGUUAUAAAUUGUUAUGAGGAGGAAAAAAGGGACCAGAUGUAUAGUUUUUUAUUAGCAAGCAAAGAUCAGAUGGGAUAUGAAACUUUGCAAGGAAAAAUAUUUGAGGUAGUUGCACAUAGAAUUUUGUGA